CCGCACUGAAGAUGACGGGGAUUUCACAGAAAAGGAGUUUUCGUACUGAAAAACGGCCACCAGAAGGAGGAUGGGGUUUCCUCAUUGGUGUCGGUGUGGCUAUACCAAUUGCGUGUAUUACGGGCAGUUUAUCGUCAUUUGGAUUGAUGUUCAAUGAUUUUAUAACCAGUUGCGGGAGUGGCACAAGCGCGGUGACUAUAAUCAAUGGCGUCUUCUUUAGUUCAAUUAGCUUCUCGGGUUUAUUUGCGAGUUCUUUAUUCAAAAAGUACUCAAUGCGAUCCGUAGGAAUAUUCGGCGCUUCGAUUUACAUUCUUGGGAGCCUUAUGACGAUAUUUGUUAUUUCAGUUGAUCAAUUGAUUGUUUCGUUCGGUGUUCUACAAGGCUUCGGAUUUGGUAUGAUGGUUCCGGUCUAUUUUACCACGUUCAACCGGUAUUUUGUUCAAAAGCGAGUGUUCAUGAUGAGUUUAGCGCAGACUUUAACCGGCAUAUGCACGAUGUCAUAUCCGUUGGUGGUGGAUUUUCUGUUCAAUAAAUACGGUUUUCGUGGCAUGAUGGCGGUCAUUGCAGCGAUGAACGCGCAUGUGAUGUUCGCAAUGAUAGCAAUGCAUCCAGUCGAAUGGCACUAUAAAGUGGUCGAAAUACCCAUUGAAGACGCAAAACCAUUAAUGGAUGCAAAUGACAAUGAAAAUGAAAAAGGGAAAGAGAAAGAGAAAGAAGAAGAAGAAAAGGGAAAAGAAGAGAAAUCAGAAGCAAUGUCAGGCGAUGAAUUCGAUGAAUCUGAACUGAAUCAUUUACCGCCUCAUGCGAAGAAGAAACCACGUUUUAGUGUGCCAAAUGGAGAAUCGAUUAAUUCCAACACGAAAUAUGAACGCAGUAAAUCUCUUAUCCCCGGACAAGAGCUCGACGGUUUUAAUCCGGUUCAAAGACGCGUUUCAAGUAUUAUGAGCCUCGGUCAAUUUGGUGCUGCUAUCUAUUCACAAGAGAGUUUGGAAUCGGUGAAAAAUGGGAAAUGGCAAAAAGUGGUCGACUUUCUUGAUUUGAAUCUUUUGAAAGAUUUUGUUUAUAUGAACAUUGUUUUUGGACUUUCCUUUGCCUUGUACUCAGAUGCCUCAUUCUUCACAUUACAACCGAUGUACCUGUUCGAAUUAGGAUUCUCGAAGAGCGACACGGCAAAGAUCGUUGCGGUCGGCGCUGCUGCCGACAUGUUUAGCCGCAUGUCGUUGGCGGUCAUAAGUUUUUUCAUCGCAUUUAAAGCACGUCACGUUUAUUUGGCCGGCGCGGUUGGCACGAUUACUUUUCGAUUUGUGUUUUUGAACAUACACAAUUAUAUCGGUAUGAUUAUUAUAACCGCAAUCCUUGGCUAUUUACGAACGCUAAUGCACACGCCGUUGGCUCUGGUUUUCGGAGAGUAUUUGCCACAAGAGAGAUUUGCUUCCGGUUACUCACUGUUCAUGCUGUUCCAAGGAAAUUUCGCCUUUUUGGUCGGACCAGUUAUCGGUUGGAUACGAGAUGUAACUAAAGAUUAUAUCAUUUGCUUCCAUUCGCUCACCUUCAUAUUGGCCUUGUGUGCCAUUCCAUGGAUUAUCGAAAUCAUUUGGCUACGAAUUUAUCGAAGAAAAGAUAACGCCAUUUCUAACUUUUUAAGAACCGAAAUGAGCCAGUCUGAUGAAAAACAAAAAUUUCGUAUUGAAAAAAUCGCGCCGGACGGAGGAUGGGGAUAUGUCAUUGGAAUUGGUAUCGCACUACCUUUUGCUUGUAGCUUAGGCAGUUUGUCUUCAUUUGGAUUGAUGUUUAAUGAUUUCAUCACGAGUUGCAACGGUGGUACCAGUUCCGUGACGAUAAUAAUGGGCAUCUUUUUCUGUUCGCUUAGUUUUGCCGGCUUAUUUGUAAGCACUCUUUCUCGAAAGUUUUCGUUGCGGAACAUAGGCGUAUUUGGUGGAACCAUCUACUUUGUGGGUGGUUUGAUGGUGGUUUUUGCUACCUCUGUUGAGCACUUAUUGAUUGCUUUUGGCGUUUUUCAAGGACUAGGAGUGGGCUUCAUAAUAAGCAUUGGAUACUCCACUUUUAAUCAGUAUUUCGUUAUAAGACGGGCCAGCAUGAUGGGUGCAGCACAGUUUUUGGUUGGCAUUGGCACGAUGCUGUAUCCAAUGUUUGUUCAAUAUUUGAUGGAAACAUACGGGUUUCGUGGUGCGAUGGCUGUGAUUGCUGCGUGUAAUGCUCAUGCCAUUUUCGGAAUGCUUGUUAUGCAUCCCAUUGAAUGGCAUCACAAAACGAUCAAAGUCCCUGUUGAAAAAGAAGAAGAAGAAGAAGAAGAGCGAUUGAUGAUUUCAACCGAAAAGCAGUCUGCGGUCAAAAUUACUGUGAUAUUGAAGGAAGAUGAAAAACAAACGAUCGACCCAGAAAAUCUAAAUCGAUUCAGUGUACCAGACUUGGUUGAAAAUAUGAAACAAAAUGACGCGAUCAUUCUGAAAAAUAAACGAAGUAAAUCGCUGGAUCCAAAUGGAUUUAACGAUCUUAAAAGUCGUAUUUCAAGCAUUAUGAGUUUGAACGAAAUGAGUGGCGAUAUUAUUAUGAACAAUGACCGAGCACAAAACGGAAAAUGGAAAAAAGUGGUCGAUUUCCUGGAUUUAACUCUUUUGAAAGAUUUGGUUUACGUGAAUAUCGUUCUCGGUACAACAUUUGCCCUGUAUUCGGAUAACUCAUUUUUCACACUCGAACCGAUGUAUCUGUUCGAAUUGGGAUUUUCCAAAGCUGACACAGCGAAAAUAAUAUCAGCCGGAGCAGCUGCGGACCUCAGCUCAAGGUUAUUUUUAGCCGUUACAAGCUUUUUCAUUCAAGUUAAAGCGCGUUACGUGUAUUUAGCCGGUGCUAUUGCGACGAUUUUCGUUCGUUUCGUAUUUCUCACCGUAUCCGACUUUUACGGAAUGGUAAUUGUGACGGCAGCUAUGGGCUUCUUCCGCACGUUCGUUCACGUUCCGUUAGCACUUGUUUACGGAGAAUAUUUGCCACAAGAAAGAUUUCCAUCCGGCUAUGGGUUAUUUAUGUGCGUAUCCGGCAACAUCGCUUUUUUAAUAUCUCCAUUCAUCGGUUGGAUCCGUGAUGUGACUAAAAGUUAUGUUAUUUGUUUCCAUUCGCUUACACUGCUCAUGGCUUUGUGUGCAGUUCCGUGGCUAAUUGAAAUAAUUUGGCUUAAGCUACACCCUAGGAAGACUGAAAAGUGAAGGUCAUUUUUGUUUGUGAUCGAUAAUAAAUUGUCGUUGAUAAAAUGUUUCCAAUUAAAAAAGAGAAAAAUGUUUUUA